CUUGCACAGAGGUGUGUGUACUACCUACCUUGUAACUUUGUAGACGCGUUUUCUUCACUUGUUGGUUGGUCCGUUUCGUUUCGUUUUAGUUAUAAACAUGGCUGCGAAUAUUACGAAAUUGGUUUGUAGAAGGCUCAGCACGUCUUCGGCUCUUCGCCAAGAUUUGGUGAAAACGCCAAUUCCUGUGUUUGGAAUAUCCGGAACUUACGCACACGCGUUAUAUUCAGCUGCUUCCAAAGCUAAAGCAAAAUCAGAGGUCGCGCAAGAUUUAACCACAUUGCAGGAGAUUUUGAAGAAUCAGAAAGUCGCUGAUUACAUGCAUGAUCCAUUUGUUGAAACAUCAAACAAGUUAGGCCUCCUGAAAGAAGUUGCUAGUAAAGUCAAAAUGACAUCCACUGUUGUCAAUUUCUUCGGAGUAUUAGCUGACAACAGACGUCUCAAUCUUGUGGGAGAAACUGCUGAAGUAUACGCUCGAAUCAUGAGUGCAGAAAGGGGAGAAGUUCCAGCAACAGUUACCACGGCAACAGAGAUGGAUGUUAAGCAACGAAAAAAUCUGGAAGCAGCAUUAACAAAGUUCUUGAAACCGAAUGAAAAAUUGAUGCUGACGACAAAAGUUGAUCCUACAAUUCUUGGUGGCAUUAUUGUUGAUAUUGGCGAUAAAUAUACAGAUAUGAAAUAUGUUGAUAUGUCCACAGCUAGUAAAGUUGCCUUGUAUUCAGAUUUAAUCAGACAAAAUGUUUAAUUUAUCAUUUCAACUCAUCUGCUUCUUUAGGACGUUUGUUUAUAGAGUAUACUGGAUUUUUAAUGUGGUAUAUCUUUUAAUGUAUCACUUUUCAAAUAUGCUACAGGAUAAGAAAUAUCAUAUUAUCAAUUCCAUGUUUGUAUUUAAUUUGGCUUCUGUCUCAUGCACCCAACAACCUAGAAUUUAUAUUUUAUAGUGCAUGAAAUAUUUAAUAAUUGCAUAUCAAAAAAAUUCUCAAUUCAGUUCAUUGCUUCAAAGUUUCAUGCCUAUUUAAUAUACUGUUUCGUCUGUAUUUUACAAUGAUUGUCAAUUUCUGCAUUGAUAUUGGUUUUCUGCCACUUUUCUAUGUGAUUGAAUAUGUUCCCAUACAUUUCUGCAUUUCUUGGACCUGUUUUGAAUUGAUAUUGAAUUUGAUCCCUGUAUCUUGUGUUUAAAUUUAGA